UUCAUCGGCCCAACUAGAAGCUCUGAUGGUCUAGAGGGGACGAGAUCGCGGCGCCGGCGAGAGCCGAUUCCCCCCAGCGAGCGGGUGGGUGGUUCCGAUGAGCAGGAGCGGCGGCGGCGGGAGGCACGGGUCAGAGGGCGGUUCGGCGGCCGUGCACGCACCGGGGCCCUGCGCCGCGUCGCAACGGGCGCUCGCCGAGUGCCACCGCGCCGCGGCGCGCGGCCCGCUGAAGCCGGAGGUGCUGUGCCGGCACCUCAACCGGGCGCUGGCCGAGUGCUUGGUGACGUCGUGCUGCCCCGGGGAGACGGAGGCGGUCCGCACCCUCUGCGGGAGCGCCGGCACCGCGCUCAAGCGCUCCCAGUGCCAGCGCGCGCGCAUCGACCUCUCCCUCUGCCUCGAGGCGCAUCAGGAUCCCUGAGGCCAAUGCGGCGUACUCUGGUAUAUUGAUACAAUUUUUAUGAACAAGGAAAUUUCUUCUGCAAUUUUCGGUGGAUUUAUUUAUUUUGGGGAAUUUGAUUUGGUUCCGGAACACCCGUUUCAGUGUACUACGGAUUAGUGUUUAAGAUAGAGAUAGAGCACAAAGCUAGAUAGAGGAUCAAAGAAAAUAAGAUCAAAAUUCUAUGUAUUUGUUGGCUCCCAGAUACCAAUAUACCAUUAAAACAAGAUACAUGUUUAGUUGUUGUGUUCAUCAACUGCUGACUGUGAUGUCCUUGAAUAGGCUGGCAUGAUUUGCAUCA